GCGCACAAGUGGCCCUCCUGAGGUAAGCAGUCGAGGCGGGGUCCGGAGCAGAGCUUUCUGGUGAGAGGAAGAGGAAAAGGAAGUCGGAGGCGGGCUCUAGCGGGGCGUGAACCGGAAGUGUAAGCGUCUUGCUUCUCCCCAGCUAGGCGGAACCUGCUCUGCUGGGCCCAACGGCCGCAAAAGAACUUUCUCCCGCCUGAACCGUAGCCGCGGCCCGCUGUCUCGCCCGCUCGUCGGCCUGAGGCACGUCGUUUCCUCGUCGGGCCUAAUCGCCGCUUCUGCCCGGCCCGCCGGCCCACCUCGCUGCAGUGAUGUGCGACAAGGAGUUCAUGUGGGCCCUGAAAAACGGAGACUUGGAUGAGGUGAAGGACUAUGUGGCUAAGGGAGAAGAUGUCAACCGGACACUAGAGGGUGGGAGGAAGCCUCUUCACUAUGCCGCAGAUUGUGGACAGCUUGAAAUCCUGGAAUUUCUGCUGCUGAAAGGAGCAGAUAUUAAUGCUCCAGAUAAACAUCAUAUUACCCCUCUUCUGUCUGCUGUCUAUGAGGGUCAUGUUUCCUGUGUGAAAUUGCUUCUGUCAAAGGGUGCUGAUAAGACUGUGAAAGGCCCAGAUGGACUGACCGCCCUUGAAGCCACUGACAACCAGGCAAUCAAAGCUCUUCUCCAGUGAUGGAUGGAUGGACUGAUAACUUGGGAAGAAUGACUCUCCUGUGGCCUCACACUGCUGCCUGUCUGUCUGUCACUUUCUAUCUGCCAGCUUCUUCAGCUAAAUACUUUAAGAGGGUGAAGGGAGAGAGAAAUUCAUAAAAAUCAGACUGCCAGGGGGGAAUAAAACAUGUUUUGGAGGAGCAGCGGGGAAUGUGAUGAGACUUUUACUGGGAUUCCUGAUCAAACCAGCCUGUUUUUCAUUUCCAGUAAAAUAUACAGCUUAUACCCAAGGGAGAGCAAAAAUAUAGUCUAUUGGAAUCAUUGGACCUUCUCAGCUCCCUAGCUAAUUUAUUAAUUAGUGUAUUGGAGGUCUGACUAUACAAGGCCAACUCUACUUAUUUGGUAGCCCUAGCUGUGAGCAGUAGUGGCUGCUGUUAUGUCAACAUAGGGUGCUGAGAUAAGCAAUUAGCUACAGCCUUCUGCCUUAAGAAUGCACUCUCCUGGGGGCUCCUGGCUAGUUAAGAGCGCUGCCUGCGGUUAGUGACCAAAAUCCUUGAAUGACUUUUAUCUUUAUGUAAGAGCUUAGAUAAGGUAAGGAGCAGCGCACUCCUAAAUUGCUGGAUGACUAAACUUUGGAUUUUCUCUCCCCUUUCACAUCAAUUUCAUGUCUCUUUAGAUAAAACUGACUAGUUUUAUUUAUAAAAUGUUAAAUUCUAGGAGUCUAAAGGAGGAAUCAUUCCAGUAGGCUUAUUUCUUUUUUUUCUCCUUUAGACUCAGACAUUUAUAUAACAUUGAAACACUUUGAGACUCCUUCUGGUAGUAAAGGAGAUUUAAAAAUAAAAUCAUAGCCAUAAGCGUGUUAGUAUCUUACAAAGAGAGAACAGUUGUCUUAGUACCUAUGGAUUUUCUUCAUUUGCUAUUUGAGUGAACCAGCCUUAGUUGCGUUUGGAGAAUGAAGAAUAUUCUUUGGAAUGCCUCUCUAAGACCCACCAUGGAUGCUGAUUUUGUAGUGCACCAAAGGUAUCACUGGGGUGAGAUGUACUAUAUUUGGACAGAUGGAACCUCAUCCCUUCAAAAACAUUCUUGUUACCAGGUUUCCCUGAGCUGGUAAUAGACUCUUGCUGGGCCAAUACCACCCCACCUGCAUGGUGUUUUUAUCUUAACAAUCAUUCAUUGCAUACAUGUGACGACUUCAGAAUGCAUUCUGUGUCCUUCUAAUACAGUGCCCUAAAACGGUGUUCCCAAGACCUGCAGAUAAAAGAAAUUUAUCUCUAAAUUUUUCUUUGAUGAUCAAUAAAAUGAAUUAAAAUAUACAACCUUAAAUUUGAUGGCCUACAUUUAAAGCAUUAAGAUGUCUUUGGCUUUUAAUUUGCCAUCUGUACAGGCUUACAAAAACUAUUAGAAUCUUUCCAUAGCCAAUCAUGCAAUAAUUGAAUGUACCUCAAAUUUUUAAAGGGCAGGUGAUAGGAUAGGGACUUAUAUUCACAUUAGGGAUAAUAAUAGUAAACCUAACAAUGAUUUUUUUAAGGCAAUGUAGCAUCAUAUAGCAGGGUUAAACUAUUACCAAGAAGAGUUAGCCUGGCUAAUAACUAUUAAUCAGUUGAUAAUUGGUUGGGGUGGGUGUGUGUGUGUGUGUGUGUGUGUGUGUGGGUGUGGGUGUGGGUGUGUGUGGGUGUGUGUGUGUGUUCUCCCAUAAACUCUUUUUUAUCCUGUGGCUUUUUCACUUUCAACUAGCCUGCCCCUGUAGUUUUUCUAUGUCCAAGAAAACAAUCACAAAACAGUAGUUUAAAUACUUUGAUAUAUUUGGCUAACUCUGCUGUCUUAAUGCAGCCUACUAGAGUUGGACAUCCUACACUUAAUCUUAGCCAAAAGGCCAAGAAGCUAUAGAGUUGGACAUUCUGCUAGGAAGUAGAAGGCACUUGAUCAGUCUGUAGGUCAAUAUAAUGCAACAGGGUGUUUUGAGACCUUUGUUUUCACCUCUUGGCAUACUACUAUUUUAAAGGCUUGAAUUUUACUUUUUACACCAUUUUCAAUUUUUCUUUCAAAGUGUUCUGUUAUAGUUGGCUAUUGCAGAGUGUAUAUUGUCUCAUCAUUCCUGAACUUGGGUCUGCUUUCUACAGUCAUCAUGGUACCAAAACCAUAUGAUUCUUUGUACAGUUUCUCCCGGUGUCCUUGUAAUGCAGUAGAGGCUAUUUUGCCUUCCCCCCUUUGUUGGCCAUUUUGUAAACCCAUAGCUAUGAAGUGAUUGCUUGAGAAAAUAGCAUAUAAACAUAGACUAGGAUAGACUGACCAGGAUGGUUUACAGUUUCUUUAAAAAAAUAAUAAACAAAAAAUAGACAAAAAAAAAAAACUAGGUUAUUUAUAAUGUAUUUCUGAACCACUUGGCAGAGAAAUUCAUGACACUUAAUGUUAAUAUUUUUGAAUAAAUGAAGCUAAAAUGUCUGCUUUUGGUACUACACGCAUUAAUAAAAGGUUAAGUUUUGUUUUCCACUGAAGUACUAUUUAACAUCUCAGAAAAGAAAACCUGCAUGUUCUAUAGUUUUAUAUUAAAUCCAUCAUUUCAUAUGCACUGUAUCAAGUAAAAGCAGGUAACUUGCCUGUCAAUGGUUAGUGUACUAACAGAUCUGCCCACCCCACCCCCAGCUUCAUGCCAGCAUAUGUAGAUUUGAGUUCUAACACAGCACUUGGAUAUCCCAUGUAGUUCUGUGCACAAGCUCACCUUUCUAGAACCAGCUGGGCGCAGAAGAAAGGCAGUAACUGCAGCAUGUGAAAGCUCAAACAAGCCUUCUAGCCAUUUCUUUCUUUCCCCAGAUAAAAGGAGCUUCAAUAUAUGUGUACUUGGUUUUUAUUAACUUCAGCUGAGCUGCUGUUUUCUUCAUGUAAUAUUGUAUACUUGGUUGUGUAUAGAAGAAGCUGGUAAGAGUGCCCUCCUUCAUAAAUAAGCAAUUGCAGUGUUUUGCAUGCAAAAUUUUAAAAAAUUAAAUUGUCCUGAUUCUAUUUUGUAAAUGGAGAAACAAUCUUUCUAAGCAGUAUGGAGGAAGACUAGUGCUUUGUGCAUUUUUGGUAUAUUUGAGUUCAUGUUUCCACAAUGUCAUUCCUUUUGACACAGUUGGGUUUCUCAUAAGUAUCCUAGUUCAUGUACAUCCGAAUGCUAACUAAUACUGUGUUUAAGUUUCGUGUUGCAAGAACAAAUGGAAUAAACUUGAAUUGUGCUAUAGAUAA